AUGACAACCAGAACUUUCAAACAAUUGAUUCCAUUGAAUGCCGACCAUUUCUAUGCCAUAACAGACACUGCCCAUUUUGAAGAGUUCAAUGGCACUCAGAUGGACCAGAAGAAGAUCCGUAUCGUAGAGGAACGUGAAGAUGCCAACUCAAUAUAUAGGACAUUGUCAAUUCAACCAAAGUCCAAACCAAUGCCAGCAAUAUUGUCCAAGCUUGUUGGUUCCGAUCCAGACUUGUCCUACAUCCAAAUGCAGGUAAAGUCAAAGACCAAGAGAGAGUUGGUAUUCAAGAAUGAAGCUGGUAUUAUGAAGGACUAUAUUCAUAUCAAUGGUGUUAUUAGUGUUGAACCAGUUGAUGAAAACAGCUGCUACAAGGUGAUCCAGAUCACAUAUAACUUCACAGGACCUUUGUCAUGGUUCUCGAGCAGACUCGAGAAGAACGUGUCUGCCGAGCAACAAAAGUCCAUGGACAUGAUGCCAUCCAUCGUCACUGCCUACUUGCAACAUCUCAAGGAGAAUGGAAUGUACAUCACAUCCAAUGGCGCUGUCAAGAUCACUCCACUUCCUGCUUCUGUUGCACCAUCGUCCGAGUCCAACGCAACAUCCCGAUCAACCUGUCCAUCGAGUGUCUCACCGAUGCUGGAUAGCACCAGCACCACAAAGGCCACAGCAGUUGCCGCUGCAGCUCAAUAG